CUCAACUCAUCUCUGUGAAUAGUUACAAUAUAUUUGUAUUAUAUACUUUUGAAGCUGCUCAUGAUGAUAGAAGUACUUUUCGGUGUCGUAUGAUUUGAUACUUUGUGGAAAUUUUCUGGAAAUACGUUUUUAAAAUUAGUUAUGUUGAAAAAGACACUGUUUUAUCAACAUUUUCCUAUCUUUUUAAAUGUAUGCCGGCAAGGUCGUCAUGUAGGAUGUAAUUUUUCAAGUAAAAUAUCUGGUGAUGGUGAAAGUAAUGACAUUGAAAAUGAAUCAGAGGUUUCAAAGCUUCUUAAUGAUGCUGCUACUUUCGAUGCUGGAAUUCAAGAUUGGUCCACCCUUCCAUAUCCUAAACAUGCUUCAAAACAACUACAAGGAUCACAUGCAGUACGCGUUGGUAAAAAUCCUGCAGAAACCUCACUCGUAUUGUUUCCUGGUCAAGGAACGUUAUUGGUUGGCAUGGUAAAAGAAUAUCUACGUUUUCCUGGUGCCAAGGAUCUUUUUCAAGUGGUCAAUGAAUCAUUGGGAUAUGAUUUAUUGAAAUUAUGUUUGUUAGGACCACAGGAAAAAUUAAAUCGUACUGAGUAUAACCAGCCAGCUACUGUUGCGGUAUCAUUAGCAGCAAUGGAAAAGAUUCGAGAGGAACGACCUCAAGUAUUGGAAACCUGUGUGGGUGUUGCAGGCUAUAGUGUUGGAGAGUUGACUGCUUUAAUUUUUGCUGGAGCAAUGAGUCUAGAACAGGGUAUUAGACUUGCCGGUAUAAGAGGAACAGCAAUGCAAAAUGCAGCUGCAAGGAUUCCGCAGGGAAUGAUGUCUGUAAUUUGUUCUUCAAAUGCAAAUAUUUCUGACAUUUGUAAGAAGGCACAAAGUUGGGCUCUGGAUUCAGGAGCUAAUAAUCCACUGUUGCUGGAUGAAGUCGUUAGCGCUUGUAAAACAACAAUGUAUUCUUGGGUACUAAAAGGAUUCAACUAUAUUUAAGAUAUAUAUUUAAAAAAUGUUUCGUAUUGCAUUUUAAUUAUUUCUCUUAUACCUGCAUAAAAUAUUGAUAACCAGUUCUCAUGAAUAAUUGUGAUUAAAAUGCUUACAAACACUACUUGUUUUAAGAAAUUACAUUUGUGUUAAACAUUUGAAUAUCAAUAACCAAAUUAUCAUUAGUUGUUAAAAUAUUAUUUGGAAAUUAUGUGUAUGCGUAUGGUUAGUGUGAUAAAUUUUAACAGUGUGCAUUGUUUUACAUAUUGUAUAAGCAUGGUGUCCAUUUUAUCACAUUGCCUGUAAUAUGUGUCCGUUUCGUAGUACUAGUAUUUUAAUGAAGAAAUUAAUUAUUACGCUGGUAAAUUCAUUUAAUCAUUAACAGAACACAAUUUUAUUUAUGCAACAGUAAGUUUCACUAGUCCACAUAAAAUGAUGAAAUAAAAUAGCUUGUACAUUUUCGUACGUUCUAUAAUUGUCCUUUUGAUUCCUUAAAUUAUAAAGUUGAAUGUUAAUUUGUAUCAGUUAUUAAUUUCAUAAGCCUUAUAUUUGGUAAGUGAUCAGUACUUAUUUGAUACCUUUUGUAAACAUGCAGAUUAUUCUAUACUGAUUUUUAUUCACAUAUUGACAAUGUGAUAUGUGUGAAGACACUUGCAAAUAUUUAUUGUUUGACUAUUCUACAAUUAUUGUCACGGAUAAUAUGUUUAUAUCAACUUCAUUGUGAAUCAUCUUUAUUGCUAAUAUUAGAUGUAAAUUUAAUGUAAUGUAAGAAAUUAGGCAUGCAUUUAAAAAAAAACUGCAGUAAACAAAUAAUAUUAUAUUCUGUUCUUCAUAAAUAUACAACCCAGUUUUGUUUCCCUUUAUAUAAAAUACGCAUUGGAAAAAAAUGCGUUGUUAUUUUUGAAAUAUUAAGUAAUAAUAUUUGUUAACCUAUAAACAAUUCAAUAAUU